ACAGAAGAAGGGAUCUUUCUUCUCUGCUGAGUCUACAGAAGCUUUGGCAACUUGUUCAAGCAUUUGUAGUUUGAUUUUGGGCCAUUGGACACUUUAAUCCAGCUUUGCCAUGAUGCAGCUCAGCAACGACAGCCACUGCAACAAGCACUCGCUGCUCAAUGUCAUGAACCGGUUCAUCGCCGCAGCCAACAACAUGGACGAAACCAUCAUGGUGCCAAACCUUCUGCGAGACGUCCCUCUGGAAGAGCAGGAGAGCCACGCUUCUGUUAGCCACAACAACAACAACAACGAGCCCUCUUUCCCAAACAAACAGCGGGACAUGUACGAGCACUACCUGCUCCUCAAGUCCAUCAAGAACGACAUGGAGUGGGGUCUUUUGAAGCGGGAGAUGGCUGGUGGUGCCAGCUUUCUAGAAAUGGCCGUAAAGCAGGAAGAGCUGCCGCAGAUGAAAGGAGAAGCUGUCGAGGAGGGCCCAGAUCUGGAGGGCCAGUUCCACUAUCACCUCCACGGACUCUUUUCUGUCUUGUCCAAACUAACAGUUCAGGCUGACCACCUCACGAAUCGGUACAAGAGAGAAAUCGGCGGGGGAAGCUUAUUGCGAUAGGAUUGACUCAUUUAGCGCUAAUAUAGACUGUUCGUGAAUUGUUGGACUGGGAAAGUGCAAGGACCUAAAGGUCUCGAGAUUCCCCUCCUGCCAUCAAAAGGGUUUCUUGGCCAAAACUGGUUGUCCUGUGGCUGGCAUUGGCAGUUUUCGGUGCUUUCUGGACCUUUUCCACAAGAAGGGCUAUGAGGGUUUUAUUUUAACUGACCAUCAAGUGUGCAUCUAUUCCAGUUAGGCUGUAGUUUUUGGGUUGUGCUUUUAAAAUCUCUCUAUGCCAUGUCAGGAAGUCCACUGUCAUUUGACGCUGUAGAAGAACGUGAAUGCUGGUAAUUCGGUUCUUCAUGUUAGUCAGCCGAUGCCUUUUUAAUGAGGGGAUUUUUACACACUGAUGCUGCUCGUGUGCACUUGUCCAUGUGAAAAUGGCGUGCCUUCAGUUUUCAUUUCCCACUCUUGUUGUUCAGAUGUGUGCUUGUCAUGCACUGUAUGAAUUUUUUGAUUGGGGCCCACAUGACUUUUGUAUAGUCUCCCAUUUUCCUUUUUGAUUUGUCCUUAAACAACAAAAAAGACUUCAAUUUUUAUAUUGUGCUGUAAUGUAAUAUAGUGACUUAUUAAAUAAAGCAUUAACUUAAACUG